GAUGGAUGUAUGACGUGUAUAUCUGUAUAUACUAAUGGGUAAUAUAUAUAGGUAUACUAUAGUAGAUCAGAAGGUAUACAUGUGCAGAAACGCCGAUGCCGGAUAAGUGGAGAUUGUUUACAUACUUAUAUGUAGGUUAGAAUUGAACAGACAACUCUUUUUUAUUCUUUAGAUAGCAAUUUACAAGUAAUUUCUAUAUUAAUCAUAAAAAGGUAGUUAAUAUACGUUAUCUACAAAAUGUCUAAUAUUGUUGAUUCUUUCAACAAAAUAAGUGAAGAUAAUUUAGACUUUUUAGAAAAUGAAAUUUUUCUACUCCUAAGAAAAAUUGGCUGCUGUUUCAAGUGUUCAUUACGUUUUUGUGGAAUAAACUUAAUAGAACAAUACAAUUAUUCAGAUAAUUUUUUAUCCAAGUUGAAAAUUCUGGAUGAUAAUGAAAGCGUUCGGGAUACAAGUCCAUGUGUCGUUUGUCUGGGUAUCUUGCAGAAUCAAGUAUUGGCUGAUUUUAUUCAAAAGAUGAUCAGUCAAAUUGAAGAUUUUAAAAAUGAUUGUUCAACAGUUUCAUUUAAUUUGACUCUUCCAACUGUGAUUCAAAUUAGAGAAAGAGCAGUACAAUAUUAUUUAACAACACAUUUUUCCUCUAAUUUAUGGGAUGAUAAAAUUAAAGUACAAAAUAUUAAAGAAGUUUUUAAAUGGUUUAUAUCUCCAAAAAUCAAAUGUGUAAUGAACAAGAAUUUAGAGAUUUCAAACAUUUUGUCACCGUUUAGUAUUGAUGUUCAUAUAAGUUAUUCAGAAGACCAAGAAGAAUGUUCACAAUUAUUAAAUAAUUAUGACCAGCUAACAAGGGUUACCGAUUUUAAACCCAAAAGUAAUCGAUCAAAUAUUUCUAAAAAAACUAUUGAUUCCUUGAUAAGCGCAAUAACAGAUGAACAGUUUGUGAAAUGCUACACAGUACCUCCUUCUGUACCUACAAGUUUUGUAAAUAUUGAUAAAUUAAUAUGCAAACAUGAUAGUAUUUUUGUGGGCGGUUGUUAUCAGAAACUCAGUCGAAAAAUUUCUCAGACUCCCUGGGUUGUAGAUGGUGAAUUAAAAGUAACGACUUCUGUACAAGAUAUAAUUUGCUGUCACAUCAUGGACUUUACAAAAGCCGAGCAUACGAAAUUUUUAUCUUCAGGAAGAGAAGAUGUAGAUGUAAGAAUGUUAUUAUCUGGUAGACCUUUUGCAAUCGAACUUGUAAAUCCAAGAUAUACGAAACAUUUACAAGAAAAUUUAUUCGAUUUAACAAACAAAAUCAAUGCACAGACUGAGAAAGUAAAAAUCUCAAAUGAUUUAAAAGUUUUAACUAAAACAAAUUUGCAAAAACUAAAAGAAGGUGAAUAUUCAAAAUCCAAGACAUACAGGGCUCUGUGUAUUUGUAAAAAGAAUUUCGACAUAGAAUCUUUAAACAAUAUAUUAAAGACAAAACAAAAUUUAGAAAUUGUUCAAAAUACACCAGUUCGAGUUCUUCACAGGCGAGCAGUUUCUGCUAGAAAACGUGUAAUUUAUGAACUAAGAGCUAGAUUACCUAGAGUGCAAGAAAUUGAACGUUACAAAAAAAGUACAAAUUGUAAUUUUAAUGACUGUACAUUGAUAAUUUUUGAUUUUAAAACACAAGCUGGCACAUAUGUUAAGGAAUUUGUUCAUGGUGAUUUCGGAAGAACAGUUCCAAGUUUAUCUAGCAUACUUGAUACUGAAAUUGAUAUUAUCUCUUUGGAUGUGACUCAUAUUUCUUUAGAAUGGCCUUAGUACUGUAAAAUAAUCUUGAGAAAAAAUAAAUAAUUACAUCAUUUUUAAAGAA